AUGCCGUUUUCCCAUCUCUCUGACUUCGCCAAUCGCAAGUAUCUGGUGUUUGCAGCGGUGGAGGAGCAGCUCACCAACGCCAAGAUCCAUGUCAUUGAGGCCGCACGGGUGGCCAGGGAGACCAACCGCAUCCUCGUGCUGCCCAAGGGGUCCCACAGCCAUCUGUCGCUGGGUCGAUCCAUGCCCAUGUGUGCCUACUGCGACUUGGCUUAUCUCAACGCCACGGAGUGGGUCUCCCCCGAGUUCUUCCUCCUCCUCGCCCGAGCUGCCUUCGUCAAGCCCACCGUCAGCUACCUCUGCGUUGACACUCCCGAGCUCGGCCGGCCCUGCUUCGGCACAACGGAAAUUGCAGGGAGUCUGGGGGCAGUGUUCACACUGGCCAUGGGGCACGUGCCCACGGGGGGCAACACCAUCUGGCUGCACAUGCCUGCCCGCUUCGACCAGAUCCAGUCCCUGCUCAACGCUUGGAAGCACUGGGACGUGGUGGUGAUAUACCCCAAGAGCACAUGCAUGGAGGGUAGUGCGCGGGGCAGGCGACAUGGCGCACACCAUCCUUUCACACACCUACCAACCACAAUCCAAGCUCUCAUCUAUAUUCAUCCCACUGGGGAAGCACCCACUGGGGAAGCACAGGGACGUGGUGUGGUGGUAUACGCCAAGAACACAUACGAGCGUUUCGAGCACACGAGAAAUGGUGCUGCAUCUCACCUACCACAAAUCCCGUCCUUUCCCUCCCCGCUUCCUCCCCCCAGGAAGCACAGGGACGUGGUGGUGGUAUACGCCAAGGACACAUCCGAGCGUUGA